GUAUGGUAAAUAUCGAUGAAUGUAUUUCAGGUUCUGAAAAGUUUUAACAUGAAUGUAAGAUCUGGUGAGACGGUUGCUUUAGUUGGUCCAAGCGGUUGUGGCAAGUCAACAGCUGUGAAUCUUGUACAACGAUUUUAUGAUCCUGACAGAGGGAGUGUUUCAAUUGAUGGUCGGGACAUUCGCGGAUUGAACUUGAAAAGUCUACGUAACAAAAUCGGCGUUGUCUCUCAGGAGCCUAUCCUGUUUGGCAUAUCAAUUAAAGAGAACAUACUGCUAGGACAACCCAAUGCCAGAUACGAGGAAGUUGUACGGGCGGCGAAAGAGUCCAACUGUCAUGAUUUCAUAAUGGCAUUACCUCAGGGCUAUGACACUUUGGUCGGAGAAAGAGGUGCCCAACUAUCAGGCGGCCAGAAACAGAGAGUUGCAAUUGCUAGAGCGCUCAUCAGAGACCCGAAGAUAUUACUUCUGGAUGAGGCGACAUCAGCACUAUGAACACAA